CGCGAAACCUGCCGUGUCCCCGAGCCCCCGAGGCCGCGAGCGCGACACUCGACCGUGAGGCGGACGGCGACCCGGCGGACUCCACCAGCGCGAGCACUGCCGCCCCCGAGCACCGAGGCCGAUUUACGUUUGCGGAGCACUGGAAACGCCGCCGCCCGCCCGCCCGCCGCCGCCCCUCCUGGCGGCCUGGCGCCAGUCGCCGUUGCCGAGCCUGUGCGCCGAGACGCUGAGCAGGCUGCGCGUCGCCGAAUCCGGCCGCCGGGUGCGCCAAGCUGCAGAGUAGCGCGCCAGUGCCCCUCGACCGGUGAGUCAGGGUUUCUGGUGCCUACUUGUUCUGAAUGGCGGACAUUACAGACAUCGGUUGCUGCAGUUGCUUUAGCUUUUUAAGGAAGCCCAGUGUACCUGCACGUCAACAUCAGGAUGCUGAUGCCAUGUUAUCUGAAGAUUUACUGAAGCGUCAAUCAGCUGAAGAUCCUGAUGGAAGUUUCUACACUGGAGAUGAUCCUGAUAUAAGCUUUUAUAACGGGGAUGAUCUUGAUAGAAGCUUUUACAAUGGAGAUGAUCCUGAUAGAAGCUUCUAUGAUAGAGAUGAUACUGACUAUCUUGAGGGAAGUGAUGAUGGACCACCGAGGAAGAGUUCUGAAGAUAUUAUACAGUCAAGAACUCAAAAUGGCUUUGCAUGUAGAGAGAUCCCAGUUAAAGAGACGAAAAAAGUAUUUCGCUCAGAGGAUGAAAAUGGUAAUAAGAUGGUCAAUCAAUAUGUCCACUUGGGAAAGAUUGGUUCUGGAAGCUACGGCAAAGUGGUUCUGUACAGAAACAUUAAAGAUGGGAAGCUGUAUGCAGUGAAGGUUCUGAAUAAGCCUUACAUGAUGAAAGUACGUGUUGUACGCACAGAAACUGCCAUGACAGAUGUUCUUCGGGAGGUAUCCAUAAUGAAAAUGCUGAAUCACCCCAACAUUGUAAAUCUCGUUGAAGUGAUUGAUGACCCAAACAUAGAUAAAUUCUACAUGGUUCUUGAGUAUGUUGAAGGGAAAAUGGUUUGUGAUAAUGGUUUAGAAGAAGCUACUGCCAGAAAUUAUUUGCGAGACAUAAUAUCUGGUCUUAUGUAUCUUCACUCUCAUAACGUUAUUCAUGGUGAUAUCAAACCAGACAAUCUCUUGGUUACCAGUGCCGGCAAUGUGAAGAUAGGGGAUUUCAGUGUUAGCCAGGUUUUUGAGGAUGAUGAUGAUAUGCUUUGGAGAUCUCCUGGCACUCCUGUUUUCACUGCCCCAGAGUGCUGUCAAGGUUCAGCCUACCAUGGUCGGGCAUCUGAUACAUGGGCAGUUGGUGUAACUUUAUAUUGUAUGGUUUCUGGGCAUUAUCCAUUUCUUGGGGAUACAUUGCAGGAGACUUAUGAUAAGAUUGCCAAUGAUCCUGUGCAAAUACCUGGAGACAUGAACCCCCAACUUGCUGAUUUGCUCCUAAGGCUUCUCUGCAAAGAUCCAGGAGAUCGCAUCACGCUGCAGGCUGCGGCUGAGCAUCCUUGGGUUGCUGGGGGUGAGGGGCCAGUCCCUGAAUUCAUCUGUAGAUGUGGGUUUGGCCGCAGGAAGAGGAAUGAUGUCCGGGAAGAAGUACAAUAACAAAGCAUCCUCGGAUGGUCUGCAGGUCUAGUGUAGAUAAUUGAUGAAGAUUGGCAAAGCGAAGCUCUAACGAUGAGUUUGUUUGUUGUUUCGUGUUCCCAAUUUCCAAUAUGAGUGCUGGGUGCUCGACUGAAAAUUUUUCUUUUUUGGUACAUACAGAAUAUAGAGUAUAACCCUAUGCCAGUAAAACCCACCGCCUACUCUCAAUUUUUGUUGCCCUGUCACAGACCAAGGUGCAUUAAACCUGCCCUACCGUUGAGAUAGUGUCAGAAGUUGCGGUUGUGAAUGCUGUGUGCAUUGUUGUUGUGCAUAACUGCAUACCAUUUUCCAUCUCUGACAUUCAUGUACUGUGCACUGCUAUACUUAUCAUGUACUAUUCUUGUA